AUGUUCCUUCGUGACAAUGAAUUGACUCGUGGUAGUGAUGGAAACCGACGAAACGACCGCGUGCGUGUCCUGGAGCUAGCGAGAAAGAAGCGGGAAGCGAGAAGUCGAUUGAAGGAGCAGGAAAUGGCGAUGUGGCGUUUGCAGGCGUUUAUACGUGGACGAUUUGCUGCUCGAGACUUGCGGACUCAGACACGAGCGGAAUUUGAUCAGAAAGUGAGCGAUAUUGCCAAUUUAAAGGUCAUUGUACAACAGCCUACGUUGGCCUUGCCUUAUGACGUGCUUUUUGAGUUAUUACGUCUGGUGUUGUACUUUUAUACUGGGCGAGGUGAAGAUGCUGAAAGACUUUUGAAGUUGAGCUCGCUUUUUGUAGAUGCAUUGGCUGGUGCUUUGGAUGGAGUUAAAGAGAUAAUGGAGAAGCAGAGAGAGUGGCAAUUACGGCGACUCAUUGACUUGUGUCUACAAUGCAACACAUUGAAUUCUGCAAUAGUGGAUAUUUCGGUGGGAUUCAAGACUGUACGGGCAUUAACAGGGGCGCUGCCUGAGAUGCAGCGAUAUUUGCUGUCUGGCCAACUGCUUUUCUUUCAUCCGAUGCAACAAGCUCGAAAAAUGCUGUACAGUGAAUUACCAUACACUACUGUGACGCUUAUUGUGCGGCAAGGAUUGAUAUCUGCACGAGGACAUCUCCCCAUUUCGUCCCGUGCAAAGACGUCGGUGUAUUGCAACGCGCUGGUGGAUUUUGUAGUGCAUCUUCUCACGGCGACUGGUGGGAUUCUUAAGGCGUUCGUAAUGGAAGUAAGUGGUCUCUUGUACUGUGUCUUUUCAGUGCCUCUUUUGAACCAAGUGGUUGCCGAAGACCGGCUGCUCCAACUUACUAAUUUGUCACUAUGGGCCAGACUGCUUAGUGCAGGACUGCACUUGUCCGUGUUUGACUUUCCUGCUUCGCCUGUAGUGGGUAUUACGUCCGAAGCCUGGUUUCUUGGCAACAUCCUUUGGAUUUCUGAACGUGUGGAGAAUAAACCCGACAGUAUCGUGCUAAGCGAAGUCCGGCUGCUCUCGAAGCUGCUUCAAUCCGUCCCUCCCGCAACUUAUUCCGCAUCAGGUGUAGCGGUCACCUGGACGAAAGUAUCCGAGUCUCAUUCCGUGCCCGUGGUCUUCCCAGAAGCUUUAAACGAGCAGCUACAAGUUUUAGUUAACGACCAUUAUCUGCGUUCGAUGUGCAACCACCUCCUUUCGUUUUCUCCGAGUGCACUUCGCCACCCGUUGGCAACUCAACGGCCAACAGCAAUGUAUCCUGAAGCGCCGACAGUUGCGGAACAAUUCGGUUUUGGUGAUAUCGCAUCGACGUCGCCAAUAUCGUUGUCGCUUUCUGUAACGUGGCAGAAGGUAAAAUCCAUUGGUAAAUCGACCUGGGCUCGAAGUUUGUUUGAAAAGACUGGGCUACGAUGUGGACGAGAGAAUGGUGAGGAUACUGGGACUGGUGGAAUUUCUCAGCUGCAAAAUACCUCCAAGGAGGCACGAAAAAUUGCCGUAAAUAAUGUUGAUGGUUUGAAAAAAUCUACACCACUUCAGCAAGCAGGUGCUUUGAAGCUAGCAUCAAGCUCUGAGCCCUUCAUUUUCGAAAAUAUCGAGGCAUUGUCGUGUUUGUGUGGCACAUUCCUUUUUCGAUGGGGACUGGGUGGUGAGAAACGGCAAUCUUACGCAAUGCGUCUAUUGAACACAUUAGCUUUCUAUCAUGUCGAGGUUGUUGAAAGUGCAGGGAACACGAUCCAGAGUGUAUCAUUUGUUCACAUGCUAUGGUGUGUUUUGCAAGACACCAAAAAUUUUGAAGACUUCACCAAGAAUGUAGAUUUAAUACAUGCGCGGAGCUCAGAUCCGUAUGUAUGCAUGCUGGUGCUGUUUUGUAUGUCAUACGAGCAUCUUCUGGUUGUAAUGGACGAUGAGGAGAUGUACGCACAAGAGUAUCCGCUUCCUCUUUGCCAGAUUGAGCGUAUUGUUUUGAGUCUGAAACAUGCGCUUCAUGAAGCAUAUUGGACAUACGCUAACCUUGCUCCGUCUUCAGAAUCGGUUUCAUUCGGUAUGUUUGUCGUUGAGAUGGGUACCCGUUUGAUGAGAGUACUGUACAAUCGAUGCUCUCGCCAACCUUUUUGCAACGUCACGAGCUGGAUUAUUGCAGAGCUUGAUAGUAAUCAGCUGAUCGAAGAAGUAUUGAUCGGCACACCUCGAGCUAACAAGCUGAUCCAAUCGAUGCCUUACCUCGUACCGUUUCCUGACAGGGUCAAGUUGUUCCAGCGCCUGAUCAAGGCAGAUAAAGAAAUUCAUCAAAAUGACCGCUGCUCGGUGUACCGCAUCCGUAUUCGUCGUGGAGCUAUCUUGGAAGACGGUUUGAGAAAACUCAACACGAUCAGGACGAGCCUAAAGAAACGAAUCAAUGUGGUCUUCGUGAACGCUGCUGGCCGCGAAGAAGUGGGUAUUGAUGCUGGAGGACUCUUUAAAGAGUUCUGGUUGGAUCUAUCGACUCUUGCAUUUGAUCUACAGUACGGACUUUUCCUAACGACACACGACCAAUUGUUGUAUCCUAACCCAAACUCGGCUUCCAGUCUUUUCACGCGCGAGAGCGAUCACCUGACGAUGUUUCAAUUUGUCGGUCGGAUCUUGGGAAAGGCUUUGUAUGAAGGCAUCUUGGUACAGCCGAAAUUUGCCCAUUUCUUCCUUUCAAAGCUUCUGCAUUCGUUUAAUCAGUUAAACGAACUGCCAUCACUAGAUCCCGAGAUUUAUAAGAAUCUAAUGUUUCUGAAGUCAUACGAUGGCGAUGUCGAGGAUCUUGGUUUGACUCACACGGUUGUUCAUGACGUAUUUGGUGAGCAGAAGGAGAUUGAGAUCAUUCCAGACGGUGGCAAUAUACCUGUCACGAGUCAAAACAAGACGCGAUACAUUCACCUGGUUGCAAACUACUACCUCAACACCCAGAUCCGUGAACAGUGCUCAGCUUUUCGCAUGGGUAUGUCUGAUCUCAUCGAUCCGCGCUGGCUUCAAAUGUUUAACGAGCCCGAGUUGCAAGUGCUAAUUUCGGGCAAGAGCGGCAAGAUCGACAUCGAUGAUCUCAAGGCCAAUUCCCGCUACGCUGGCGGCUACUAUGCUUUAGAUAAGCGUGUCGCAUGGCUAUGGCAAGCACUGGCAAGCUUUACGCCCUCUGAGCAGGCGGCGUUUUUGCGCUUCACAACGAGUUGCCAGCGAGCUCCGUCGCUGGGGUUUGCGUCGCUCACGCCCCAGUUUUGCGUGCAGAAGAUCCCAAUUCGAAGUGACGAUGAGUUGCUACCAAGCUCCUCUACCUGUUUUAACACGCUCAAACUGCCCACAUAUUCAUCCUACAAGGUGCUGCGCUCCAAGUUGCUCACGUCCAUCUCAUCCGGUGCCGGAUUUGAAAUGACAUAG